AUGAGCGCUCCCAUCACACAGGCCGAUUGGAACGCCAAGCUCAAACACGCACAGGACCAAGCACAACGAGCCACCAAGGCCGAACUCGCCCGCAAUUACUCGGAAGCAUUCGAGCUCUACGUGCGCGCGGGACAGCUCUUUGUCUGGCUGCUCGGAAACUUUCCCUCCACCAAUCAUCAUCAUGAUUCCGCCAUAGCGCCAUCUCUGACGCGCGGUACGGCGCUGAGCACAUCCAGCCCGCCAGCCGCCGAUGGCUUGUCAGGUACAUGUACCGCUCAAUCCCGUCAACAUCUAAAGCAGAUGGCUACCAGGGUCAUGGCGCGAGCCGAAAAGAUAAAGGCCACAUGCAAGCACCUUCGGCCGGUCGACCGUGAUGCUUUGAGUCAUGAAGAGCAAUCCAGCGUCCUUGUCAGCUCGUCUCUCAUCAACGGCCUCCGAUACCCCAUAUGGAAGGGUCCCCCUGCUCAGCUUCAGAACACAAAUAGGUCGACAUUCACUCAGGAUGCACAGCCACCAUUAUCAUCCAACCAGAUCCGCCAAGGUGCACUCUAUCGACGGCCAUCUUGGCUGAAUGCCGGCGAAGACCAAUGCUGGUCCACCAAGCUAAGUGGGUGUGAUAUUGUUCAGGAUAUUGUCACCGAUUGCUCGUUCGUAGCUGCCCUCGAGGCUGCUGCACAGCACGAUCGCAUCUUUGGAGGGAACUUGGCAACAUCAGCACUAUACCCGCAAGACUCAUCCGGACGCAUCCGACCCAGUGCAAAUGGCCAGUAUCACGUCAAGCUGCACAUCAACGGUACACCACGUGUCGUAUUGAUCGAUGACCAUCUCCCUUAUUAUCCAGCCGCUUGCCCUAUUUCACAACCGACCACAACUGCAACUGCAACUGCGGCAACAUCAAGUAAAUCGAAUGCACACAAGCAGCGCCUCAUGUGCGCAAGCUCGCGUGAUGGCCAUGCUGUUUGGCCAGCUCUGCUCGAGAAAGCUUACCUCCAAGUCAUGGGCGGCUACGAAUUCGCUGGAUCCAACGGUAGCAUCGAUCUGUACGCUCUUACAAGCUGGUUGCCAGAACACAUCUUUCUACGACACGCCGGCUUCCAACGCGAAAGAUCGUGGACCAGGUUCCACACCGCUUGGAAUGCUGGUCAAUGUAUGGCUACAGCUGGCACAGGAAAAGCACCGCCUCGCAAGCAGCGCAGCGGUGAAUCCAUGUCGGAGGACUCACUAGCCACCAUCACGCUUGAUUCGGGCCUUAUCUCGAGCCAUAACUAUGCAAUCCUCGAUGUGCGCACCCAUGGUAGUCGCCGCUACGUCAAGCUGAUGAAUCCUUGGCGCACAGCAGCUGGUAUCCGGCCAGCGAUUGCCAUCUCGACAGAAGAAGAGCGGCGCAUCUAUGCCGAUUCUGCCUCCUGCAAUUCCUCGCUCGUGGCGCGGCUUGGCCAUGUGAGAUUGCAAGAGGCUGGUGAGCUAGAUGAAAAUUCAUUGACCUUCACACUCUCAUGGGACGACUUUUGCAGUCAUUUUGACUCGCUGUUUCUGAAUUGGGACCCCAAAUUGUUCAGCAACAACGUCACUGUACACUCGAGCUGGCGGGGUAGCGCUUCGGCUUCGUCUGCGCUGGGCUCCAAGCAAGCAGAUCCGCAUUUCAGAUUGUCUGUCACCGCUCCACCGAGCAUUUCUACAAGCAGUACAGAUCCCGCUGCUGAAGUAUGGCUCCUACUCACUCGUCACAUUACCAACACGCAACCGAUUCAGCGCAGCGCAGACGGGUCGCAACAGAGUGCAGAAGAGACUCCUGCAGAGUAUAUUGCGAUACAUGCGUUUCAAGAAGAUCAACAAACCUCGGAAACCGCACAGCUGGCUUCGACUUCGGCUCUUCUCCUGCGCAAAGCCAAGCACAAAGGUGCCUACGUCGACGGAACACACUGCCUUGUCCGUCUCAAGCCCUCUUUUCCCCGUGACAAUACGUCGAUGCAGCCAAGCUCGUCCGAUACCGGCAGUAAGCAAACAAAGGGGCAAUGCAGCUUCACCGUCGUUGUGUCGCGCCGGAACGAAGCUGAUGCGACACCUUCAUCGACUGCUGUCCAAACCAAGGAUACACACAGGGACGUCAACUACACACUCUCGGUCUUUUCUCGCUAUUCGAUGGAGCUGUCGGAGCUGCGUACCCGGUUGCCCUACUGUGACUCGGUCAGUGGUGCCUGGACCGCACGCACUGCAGGGGGCAAUGCCACUCUGGGCUCGUUCAUGAGUAACCCACAGUACUCAUUGGUGGUACCUGCUGGGCCGGGCGAAGUGCAACUGCAGGUGAUGCUCGAGUCCUCGGACCGGCGGAUCCCGGUCCAGGUGCUGCUGGCGUAUCCGGGCGCUGGAACGGGACGUGUUACACACCUCACCGAGGGAGAUGUAGUACUCAGCAGUGGAAUGUACCACCACGGCUUGGCGCUUUGCUGCACGUCACGUCCAGGUGCUCCGGGCGCAGUGCUUCGGCCGGGCACCUAUACACUGAUCGCAUCGACGUUCGAAGCUGGCAUGCAAGACGACUUUGAUCUGCGUGUUGAAAGCACUCGCCCGAUCCAGUUGAAGUGGAUCGCACAAGAGGGGGCUGGCAUGUUUCACCGGCGUCUGGUGUCAUCCUGGAAGCGCGGCUUGAAUGCGUGUGGGUCUCGCGCAAACAAGGCGUAUUUUGAGAAUCCCGCCUGGCGAUUCACGAUCGACAGGCCGGGGCUGACCGACUUGGUCGCGAGGAUCAAGGUCGAGGCGGUGCGCUCGACCGAUCCGGUUCGACCGUAUAUCCAGCUUGCGCUAUUUGUCCUUGAUGAGGCGAGGUGCUGGGAACAGGUUGCGAGUAGUGGUGCGUAUACGGAUCUCGUAUGUGGAGCAGCUAUCGAGAAGGUCAGGCUGCAACAGGGAUGUUACACGUUGGUUGCAUCUACGCUUCAGCCUGAUACCGAGGCUGAGUUCGGCGUGGAUCUGUAUACAGCCGUCAAGGUCGAUAUUGUUGGCGUGUGA